AUGACUCAAUUUACAAUUAAUAGUUACAGAAAAUAUACAAGCAUUACAUUACAUUAUCUAUCUAUCUAUCUAUCUAUCUAUCUAUCUAUCUAUCACAAUUUGUUCUAUCUAUAUCUCUCUCAAUUUAUGUAUCUAUCUCAUUCUGGUCAUAUGUAUCUCUCUAUAUAUCCUUUUAUCUAUCUAUCUAUCUAUCUAUCUAUCUAUCUAUCUAUCUAUCUAUCUAUCUAUCUAUCUGUUAUGGAGUGUCUUAGCAAUAUAUGUAUCUAUCUCAUUCUGUUCAUAUGUAUCUCUAUAUAUAUCCUUUUAUCUAUCUAUCUAUCUAUCUAUCUAUCUAUCUAUCUAUCACAGUUUGUUCUAUCUAUAUCUAGUCUGAUGCAAACGUUACUGUCUGUUGGAAUACGUUACUGUCUGAUGCAAUACAUUAAUAUCAGUUGGAACAUGUUACUGUCUAUUGGAACACGUUACUGUCUAUUGGAACAUGUUAUUGUCUAUUGGAACACGUUACUGUCUGGCGCAAUACGUUACUGUCUGUUGGAACACGUUACUGUCUGUUGGAACACGUUACUGUCUGAAGCAAUAUGUUACUGUUUAUUGGAACAUAUUACUAUCUGUUGGAACACGUUACUGUCUGAAGCAAUACGUUACUGUCUAUUGGAACAUGUUACUGUCUGGGGUAAUACACUACUGUCUGCUUUGAUCACGUUAAUGUCUGCUGGAACACGUUAUUAG